CCUGCGCGGCCCGGAUGAAGAGUAACGCCAUUACCGCCAGAGCCGCCGAGAGCCCUAGCGGACGCGUACUGGACGCUGACCGGCCGCACCAUGAGACUCCUCCCCCGCCUGCUGCUGCUUUUCCUGCUGGCCUUCCCCGCCGCCGUGCUGCUGCGAGGCGGCCCCGGAGGGUCAUUAGCUGUGGCUCAAGAUCUUACAGAAGAUGAAGAAACCGUGGAAGAUCCAAUAAUCGAGGAUGAGGAUGAUGAGGCUGAAGUAGAAGAAGACGAACCCACAGACUUGGCAGAAGAGAAAGAAGAAGAAGAAGAUGUGUCUAGUGAACCAGAAGCUUCACCGAGUGCAGACACAACCAUUCUAUUUGUAAAAGGAGAAGAUUUUCCAGCAAACAACAUUGUGAAGUUCCUGGUUGGCUUUACAAACAAGGGGACAGAAGAUUUUAUUGUUGAGUCACUAGAUGCCUCCUUCCGUUAUCCUCAGGACUACCAGUUUUACAUCCAGAAUUUCACGGCUCUUCCUCUAAACACCAUAGUGCCACCCCAGAGACAGGCGACUUUUGAGUAUUCCUUCAUUCCUGCAGAGCCUAUGGGGGGACGGCCCUUUGGUCUGGUCAUCAAUCUGAACUACAAAGAUUUGAAUGGCAACGUAUUCCAAGAUGCUGUCUUCAAUCAGACGGUCACGGUCAUUGAAAGAGAGGACGGGUUAGAUGGAGAAACAAUUUUUAUGUACAUGUUCCUUGCCGGCCUUGGACUUCUAGUUGUUGUUGGCCUUCAUCAACUUCUUGAAUCUAGAAAGCGCAAGAGACCCAUACAGAAGGUAGAAAUGGGUACCUCAAGUCAAAAUGAUGUUGACAUGAGUUGGAUUCCUCAGGAAACUUUGAAUCAGAUCAUGCAGAGUAGAAGAGAUAAAGCUUCUCCGAGAAGGCUGCCCAGGAAGCGGGCACAGAAGAGAUCGGUGGGAUCUGAUGAGUAAAUGUUGUUUGUGCAACAGUCCAGUCUGUGCUCCCCUGCCCUCAUGUUCUCCACCUCAUGGGAAUUAGUGCAGAGAACGCGUCACCACAGAAGGCAGCUUCUGCCUAUGUGUGGACUGAGCAGUCGGAGUCUGCGGCCAUAAGAUUGCUGAAAAUGCACUGCAUUUGUUUUCUAAAGUAACAAAUUUGGGUUUUUUUUAAAACCAUUAAACUGUAUGGGUGUGAAUGUCUGUGAGCAGUUGUCUUACCAGAAUCAUUGUUGAACUACCUGAAACACGCCUUUAGAAUGCUCAGCAAAACGCUCUUGCCGCUUCCCUUGUGAUGUUUUCCAUUUUGCACCCAAAUUCAAUUAAUAUUUUUUCCCAGUGUGGUUUUAGGUGGAUUGUUUGGAUGAAAUAAUUUGCUUAUUUCUUGGAGUCGAUCAAAUCCAAACUGAUGGCACAAACCAGCCCUUGGCUUGCUGUCUGUCACAGCUUGUAUUUUAACUGCACAGCACGGUGGCUGCUGGGUGAGCAUCAGAGGCAUGCUAGGUAGUUUGCUGCUGUUUGCUGUGUGCACCCCUUCAGAAAUUUAGCAAUAGAGUCAAAGAAUUUUGGAAUCACUAGCAACAAAAUUGUGAAGCCUGACAGUUCUACUGACACCAGUUUAUAAAUCCUAAUUCUAUGCCUGUUUUUUGUUUUGUUUGUUUUUAACCAAGUACAGUCUGUCUGUGCAAACUGGGCUGUCGUGUUGUCCAUUGUUCCGCGUGGCCUGGGGGCCUCCUUUCUUUGUUUGUUGUUGCUUUUAAGCAGAGCAUUUUGUUCUUAGUAGAAAUAAUCUUAAGAAAAAAAUUGUCAUGGUCUACAGUCCAAAGGGAUCACAUUUUAGGGGCAGGAAUACAUUUAAAUUAAUCCUAAUCUUUAUAGAAAUCUUAAUUGGAAAGUUUUAAAGUAGUUAUGAGGUUUAUCUUUUAACCCUGUAUUUAGGAGUUUUGAUUGUUGACCUACCUUCUUAUUAAUGUGAAAAAUCCCUAAACUCCAAGCACUUAAGAUUUCAAGACCAAAAUUAAGUUGGGUUUGAUAAAAUGACUCUAGUUAUUCCUGCCUGACCUAGUGAAUUAAGUUUGGCAUUAUUGUCAUACUUACUAGAAAUUAAUGUUGAGUCCGACUGGAUAAGAGGCUUCCCUCUGUCUUUGAAGCCAUAUUCUCCCUGCGUGUAUUAUAAGGAAGUGGUAAUUUCAGUAACACUUUUAUUCCUGACCUUUUUAAUUCUUGUUUUCUUGUGGUCCAAUCCCUUCCACAUACACCUAAAGGAAAGCACCAAAACGAAACACACACAGAAACAGAACUUAGAAGCUGUUUAACAUGUAAGCCAAAACCAAUGAUUGAAGGUCUUCUGUGUCCUCUGUAAUUGUUAAUCACUUACAAAAGGGGCUGAAAUGUCAAAUUGCCUGUAUUUGCUUAUCUGGACUGUAAACUCUGUAUGCCUGUAAUACAAUGUGUGUGGUUUUUAAUCGAGUUGUAUAAUUUGUUUAUUUUGAGGCCUGCAGAACUGUAUGGUUUUUGACUUGAUGUAAUAUAGGAGACCCUUCUCAUUCUCAACAUUUUCCAGAACCUUCUGUGAAUAUCUUAAGUUUGGUAAGCUACUGUCGCAUACUCCAGUAAGGUAUAAGUAUUAAAACCUUUAAAUGGCCCGCAGAGUUUAACUAAGUACCCGGGUAAAACACGGGGAGCUGCAGAGACCACGCUUAACAGCUGCCACCCUGAGUGAUCGAUCGAUCACUUGGGUACCAGCUCUGUUGUUGCUGAGGUCCAGGUCAGAGCCUGGGGAGUGUGAGAUGUGCUACUUUUAGUGUAGACUGGAGCAGUUGAAACCUGAGUCUUCCGUGCCAGGCGUCUACUAUAGCAUCAGUUAAGUAUUUAGCAGAAACUAACUCCAUAAUGAAUGGAAUUCAAUUCCACACAUGGUUUGUUCAAGCACACUUAAUAAGUAGUUGACUUUUCAAUGUCUUUUUUAAAAAUGUAAAUACUUGGAUGAAGCUUUUCUUUGUUUCAAUAUAGUCAUUUGCAUCAUGAACCUUGUUUUCAGAAUUUAUCCUUUGAACAAGUUGGUUUUAGAAUCUGUUAAGUGAAUUUAAGGAUCAUGUGUAUCAAACUCUGUCAUCUAGACGUUUGAGAAGAAUGUGUCAUAAAGCAUGGACCUCA